CAGAGGCAGAGCGUCCCAGCUGCAGCAAGUCCGCGGAUCUUGUAACUGGCGGCGCCGGUCGGAGGUACCCACGGGCCACCGUAGCUGGCAAGGUAAACAGAAUUCUGGGAAGCCCACUUCUGGUGUGUAGAAGCUCUGGGCUCCUCUGACCCCACACCUCCUGCUCCCUGUUGCUGGCUCCUUGCACUUUGAGCCUCACCUAGUUCCUCUGUGUGGACAGAGGCUUCCCAUCUAUCGCAGCCAUGAACUUCCUCCGGAGGCGUCUAUCUGACAGCAGCUUUGUGGCCAACCUGCCCAAUGGCUACAUGCCGGACCUGCAGCGCCCAGAAAGCUCCAGUAGCUCCCCAGCAUCCCCGGCCACUGAAAGGAGGCACCCCCAGCCCCUGGCUGCCUCCUUCUCUUCUCCAGGAUCCAGCCUGUUCAGCUCCUUCUCCAGUGCCAUGAAACAGACUCCACAGACCCCCUCGGGGUUAAUGGAACCACCAACUCCUGUCACACCCGUGGUUCAGAGACCCAGGAUCUUGUUGGUGAUCGAUGAUGCCCACACAGACUGGUCAAAGUAUUUCCACGGGAAGAAAGUGAAUGGCGACAUUGAGAUCCGAGUGGAGCAGGCUGAGUUCUCUGAGCUGAACCUGGCUGCUUAUGUUACCGGAGGCUGCAUGGUGGACAUGCAAGUUGUGAGAAAUGGCACCAAAAUCGUGAGGUCCUUCAAACCGGACUUCAUCCUGGUUCGACAGCAUGCCUACAGCAUGGCCCUGGCUGAGGACUACCGCAGCCUGGUCAUCGGCCUUCAGUAUGGAGGGCUUCCUGCUGUCAACUCUCUCUACUCCGUAUACAACUUCUGCAGCAAGCCCUGGGUGUUCUCUCAGCUCAUUAAGAUCUUCCAUUCUUUGGGUCCUGAGAAGUUUCCACUCGUGGAGCAAACAUUUUUCCCCAACCACAAGCCAAUGCUCACGGCCCCGCCCUUCCCCGUGGUGAUCAAGCUGGGACAUGCCCAUGCUGGCAUGGGAAAGAUCAAAGUAGAAAACCAGCAUGCCUACCAGGACAUCACUAGUGUGGUGGCCAUGGCCAAAACCUAUGCCACCACUGAAGCCUUUAUCGACUCCAAGUAUGACAUCCGCAUACAGAAGAUCGGAUCCAACUACAAGGCAUACAUGAGAACCUCCAUCUCUGGAAACUGGAAGGCCAACACAGGUUCUGCCAUGCUGGAGCAGGUGGCCAUGACGGAAAGGUACAGGCUAUGGGUGGACAGCUGCUCAGAAAUGUUCGGCGGCCUAGACAUAUGUGCUGUCAAGGCUGUCCACAGCAAGGAUGGGAGAGAUUAUAUCAUCGAGGUCAUGGACAGUUCAAUGCCUCUGAUUGGAGAGCAUGUCGAAGAGGACAAGCAUUUAAUGGCCGACCUUGUUGUCUCCAAGAUGAGCCAACUCCUGGUGCCAGGGGGCACGGUGCCCUCACCCCUGAGACCUUGGGGUCCACAGACUAAACUUGCAAAAUCUCCAGGGCAAGGCCAGCUGGGACCUCAGCUAGGACAGCCCCAGCCAAGGCCGCCUCCCCAAGGGGGUCCUCGUCAAGCUCAGUCUCCCCAGCCUCCCAGAUCUAGAAGUCCAUCCCAACAGAGGCUUUCCCCACAAGGCCAGCAGCCUGUGAGCCCUCAGUCAGGAUCUCCACAGCAGCAGAGGUCCCCAGGCUCUCCGCAGUUAUCCCGGGCAUCUGGUGGCACUUCUCCAAACCAGGCCACCAAGCCAUAUCCCCGGCCACCCGUGCAGGGCCGCAGCACCUCCCAGCAGGGAGAAGAGCCCCAAAAGUCAGCACCACCUCACCCCCACCUCAACAAAUCUCAGUCCCUGACUAACAGCCUCAGUACGUCAGAUGCCUCCCAUCGAGGGACCCCAAGUGAAGACGAGGCUAAGGCUGAGACCAUCCGCAACCUGAGGAAGUCCUUUGCCAGCCUCUUCUCCGACUAGCUUCCUCCUCGGGCUGAAGAGCAGGAAGGCAGGAAGACUCGAUGACUGGAGACUUUCUCUGGCUCCUUCCUUCUCAGCCUCGGUUCCUGGUGGAAACACACUUCCUAGAUGCCUCUGACCCAGGAACUGAUGAUCUACGCGCAUUCCCACCUCCUUGACCGUGACAUUCCAAUGCCACCUGACUGAGCAGUAGCCUUGAGAGCCACUGGGCUCCUCAGGGCGGACGUUCUAGACAGAUAAGACAUCACUACACCCACCAUAUGCUUGCUCCCCUGCUGACGGUACCCAGUAAGAUAUCUGUGUGGCUUGGUUUUGCAUUCUUAUUAGUGUUUUGCUUGCCUUUGGGCAGAGGCCCGCUUCGAAGCCUUGACUUACCUCCAUCAAAUGCAGACAUUGUAGUUGGACCUCAGCAACACAAGAGGCAAUACUUUUUAAUGGUGUUUUUGCAGACAGAAAUAGGGAAGCCCAGCCUAGGAGCCUACUACCCACCCAGAGCAAGCUAGUGCCAUCCUUGCUGGGAGUAGGCUGACAAAGGCCCCAUCGCAGCUGGACCUCCUAGGGAUCUUGAUGCCGAAAGAAAGAAGCUAGACCCUAUGCAACAAGUGGGGCCUUUCAGAACAGAGUAGAGGGACCCCCACAUAAUGCUACCCAGGCUUAGAGCCAACAGCAGGAAUCCAGAGGAGAAGAGCCUGUGCCCCCUGUGAAGAGGGUCAUAGGAUUGUGUCUCUUUGACCUCACACAGAAUUUGCUUUUCCCUCAAGGUUAGAUGGGAACCCAAAGGGAGUGGGUAGCUCCCUGUUGCAUGAGAAGACAUCGUGAGGGGUUCUAUAUGGUUCAGCAUUCUACCUGCUCUGAACAAGGUGUCAGUAAUGUAAAUAAUGUAAAUGCCCCCGCGUUUACAAAAGGUCUGGUGGGACAACCUUCAGAAACAGUGCAUGUGUUUCUCUUUGUGGAACACAAAACACAGGACACACAUUGAAGCCUUUUGGAAUCUCUUCCAGAAAAAGUUCCACUCCAACCUGGUCUCGGCCAUUAUGACUCAGAUGGUUGGCUGCAGAGCUAGGCAAAGUGGUCCUGACUCCCCUUCCAGUGCGCGUAUGCUCCUUCCCCUGCACCAGACUGCUCCCGGAACGCAUCACCAAGCACCUGGUGCUAGAAACACUGUAGGUUGCAGCAGCAGCAUCCUGAUCCCGAGACGACCCAGGAUAUCAGAACACAGCCAUGCAGAUCUGCACAGCGCCCUCAGCCACCUGAGGUGUGUCUUCCCCGCACGCUGCAAGGGAGGGAAGGGUUUUUAACGGGAGCAGUUUCUGGUUAUGCUCAAGUUCUGCAUAGCCUUGGUGAUCAUCUAAGGUUUUUCCAGGUCUCCAGGAACACAGAAGCAGCCACUAUGGUCUCUGGGGAGUUUUCUGCUUGUUUUCUUGGAACAGAGUUUCAUUCAGCAACUCGGGCUGAACGUAGCCCAAGCAAGUCUCAAAAUCAUGGUGACUCUUCUGCUUUAUCAGCCUCCCAAGUGCUGAGAUUUCCUGAAUGAACCACCACAUCCAGCAAGCAUUCAUCAUUUUUCUUAGUCCUCCCAGCCCAGAUUGGAGUAGCAAAGACAAGGGUAGAGACCCUCUCCUGCCUUGGCUCACUUAGAACCCUGCAUUUCUGCAGAAUUGCAUCUUCAAGCUGGUUUCCAGAAGGGAUCAGCUCAGCAUCAAAAGUGGCAGCUUUGGCCCUGGCUGCAGAGAUCCAUUUGGCCCUCAGGGUCAUCCUCUUCCUCCUUGCCUUCUCCUCCCUCAUGAUCAAGUCAAUAUCAAGAGCAAGCACGCUGGUUAUUUCAGAAGCCCUCCUUGGCCUCUUUCCACAUCCUUGGUUUGGAGGAAUAAACAGCUGAUGUGAUUCUACAUUGUGAAGGUCCAGAGACUACUGAGACCAUGGUUUGGAGCUGUAGACUGCAGGGCUUCGCCUAGUUGGAACUGACUAGCCUGUGGUGUGAAGUGAGGCAUGAACGGCUGGAGGUCUGCACUUCCCAGUACCAACCAAGCCCAACUCUUUUAUUCCUAAAUUCAGUGUGUGUGCAGGACGGUCCCUGGGGCUUGCCUACACCCACCCUGCCCACUUCGCCCUCAUUUUGCUCAACUGCUCUUCGAUCACAGAAAGAGGCUGGCAAAAGCUUCCAGAAUUCUUCUCGAGGAUGAUGGGGAUGAUGACCCAGAACAAGGAAAGACACUUGGCACAACAGUCAGCAGAUUCUCCUGUCCCUCACCCACUCCCUGAUGAGGGAAGAGGAGGUCUUGAGGCCAGCACUCCCAGCCAUGAUUUAGGUAGGUUAUCCAAAGGAAGAAAAAAAGGUCAGUCAACGAAUCCACAGAAUAUUGCUGCUGCUUCCUGCUCCUCCUCUGUUCUUAUUUAGCUCUUGCAUCUUUCUCUAGAACCUCUGGAAAAAGCUAGGUGAGGUAGAAAGGAGGAUGGGGCAGAGGUAAGACUAGGACUGUCAAAGAUAGUCUGCUAAAGUGAGUUCUAGAGAAGAUGAUGGAUGUUGGCUUUCUGAUUGUCUACCCCAGGAGAUGUGAGUGCCCUUUUCAGGUCCCCCAGCACCCUCCUCCCUCCUCCUUCACACACACACACACACACACACACACACACACACACACACAUACACGUGCCUGGUUAAUGACCAAAAUGAACACAUUAAGAUGUAACAUCUUGCCAGGCAUGGUGGCACAUGCCUUUAAUCCCAACAAUCCGGAGGCAGAGGCAGGUGGAUCUCUGAGUUCGAGGCCAGCCAGACUCUGCAAGUUCCAGGAAAGCUAGGGCUACAUAGAAAAACCCUGUCUCAAAAAAACAAAACCAAAACAAAAAACAAAAAGAAAGGAAGGUAAGGGAAGUGAAGGGAGAAAGAAUGGAAAAAGGAAAGGUAACAUCUUAAAACCCCAUUACCUAAUUUCAUAGUAUUCCCUGAUGGCUUGCUUCAGUAAGACUGCUGUUCUAUAUCAGACCUUGAGAAGCCAGGGCUCACUCAUGAGGCCCAUGUGGAGGGAAUCAGUACAAGAGCCUCACAGAAGUAAGGGGCUUGGGCCCUUUGCUCCUGACAAAGAUAGCUGAAGUUGCUCCUAUAGAAAGCUCUGCCCCAGUUGGUAAUAGUCUAACAGCCUCACACAUGUGUGAGUGUGUUGGCGGGUGACCUUGCAUUCUGGAAAAGGGUAAGAGAGAUGUACUGCUAAGAUAACAUCACGGAGAAGCCAUGCUUUAGGCAGGUAAGAACACGGGGAACACCUGUGGCAGCCGUCGCUCUAUAGUAGCCUCACCCAUGUCUCAAUAAUAAAACACAGCUGCAGGCAUGGAGUGGUACCAGGCAGCAAGAAGUUUCUCAAAGUGACAGCCACGGCCCUGGACAGAACUAGGUGUAAAGGCAGAGGAACCUUUGCUUCAGAUAACAGGAGUAUGAACGUGUAGUGAGAAUGCUCAGAACCUACGGCUGGGUCAGCUUCUGGGUGUUCUGGAGGCCAGCUGAGGCUGGGCUGCUGUUCCUAAGCAGGGCAGACAUGGAUAUGCUUCAGUUGCCAGCCCUGCUAGGGACCUGCCCCUUUGCUAGACAGAACUAGCAGCUCCAUAAAUGACCAUGUGGCCAAAAUGUCCCCACUUUGACUCUGCCCCUAAAAACAUCUCAGCAUUCAAUGGCAUCCGUCCAGAAUCCCAACUGCAGUAACACAAAUGUCUUUCAAAAUCUGCAUCAGGCCGGACACUCUGAUUUUUAUCAUCAAGCCGGUAUGUCUAGCCAGACCCUGGUGUAACACUAGAUUGCAGCCAGCACUUCCGAAUGAUUUCCAACUGGCCUGGGAAUGGAAACAGAGGGAAAGGGUAUAUACAGGUCCCAUGUCGGCCACAUCUCCAAUGGAUUGUUUUCACCCGUAAGCUAGUACAUGUUGCUCCCAAAACUUCAGCCUUCAAUAAUUAUGACAUUUAGAGGUGCAUAAGGGCAAAAGGAAAGGGGAGAAGUCACUGUAAAUAGAUUCUGAAAGGUUAUAUGAAUUGGGUUUUGCUUUUACAAUUUUGACCCAAACAAGAGCAUUUUCCCUCCACGCUGACUUAAGGAAGCUGAAACACAACAAAGACCCAUUCAGUUUACAUACAGUGACCAGGGACUUCCAAACACAGCCCCAAAGGACACCUCAAAACAGCCACGGCACGCUUCCUCCAGGCUGCCUGUCACCAGGACCAGAUGACCCCUCAAGGCCUCCUGGCUGCUGUAUUCACUUCUAGGAUGCAGAUGACUGUAUUCCUGGAGUAUCAAGAGUGGCAGUUCUUCACGUUCAUAAAGAAAAAAAAAUCAGCUAAAAACUCCAUGUCGCGGAGUAGCCGCUGCUCCGGGAAUUUCUCUUGUGAAUAUAUAUGACACGCCCCAAAGAAGCAAGCUGGCUGAGCACCUGGGAUCUGGCACAGGAGCUUGGUGCAGUUCAGUGACAGGUGUUCAGGACUCUCAAGUGACUCUCCUACAAAGUUAAGAAAUCAGUGACAUGUACAUGACAGAUUAAGAUUGGAGAUUCUUUCUCCCCUCCCGCCAUCCCCAAAGACUUCUGCACUGCAUCUAGACAGGAAGGGUAACAGAAAGACUGAGAGGAAGACACUAGCCCCUGGGGAGCAUAUUCCUAGGGUACACAACUUCCUGGAGACCAGAGUUGUCAAGGUCAGCGUGGGUCACAGGAGGUGGCAGUGGGCAUCCAGGACCAUACUGCCGGCACUCAUGUAGCAAAGGAAAGAAAGUGGCUCUCUACAUGAGAGCCGUGUGGACUGUACCAACCAAACAUAGCUCAGCUUUGUAAACAAGUCCUCGGACAGGGUGUACCAGCUCCCAGCAACCAGCCAGUCAAUACCUUGUCCUUUGUUAUAGCUUAGUGGUUCAUUCUGUGUCAACAGAAGUGUGAGUGGCUGCAGGUUAGUGACAGGUGUUGAUUAAGCAAGUUUUGCACAUACAAGUGGUAACAUUACUGUCACAGGGACCAGCCCAUUCACUGUGAGAACCCUUGCUCAUGUAUCUCUAGUUUAUCCCAGAGCCACGCUGGCUGAUACAACUAAGCUGGAUCCUAGACCUUAGCAGCUGAUUAAACUGUUUUAAUAUUUAGAGUUUCAUAAGCAGCAGCACUUUGGGCUGCAGUGAAAACAAAGGGGAAGGUUGGACAACAAGCAAGGCUGAUUGGUCCAUUUGUCAAGCGCAGAGCGUAAAGGACACAGAAGCUCUCUUGUGUUCCCACAGAACAUGAGCUGAGAUUGAAGAAACAUGCACACUCAGCCUUCAUAAUCAGAUCUAACUGGUAGACCCAGAGGAAAAAAACAAAACCGCCUACUUUUCAUUGAGUCUCAAGAAGACUCGAGUUAACACCUCUUACACUCAGCACUUUACUACAGAAAUAAGUGUUAUAACUCACUUGGGAUUCCUAGUAGAGAAAACAAGAAGUCAGCUUGAAUUAAGUCUUUAGGGGCUGGAGAGAUACAGUUCAAUCAAGUGUUUGCAGUGCAAGCCCAACGACCUGUAUUCGACCCAUGCUGAAAAGCUGGGCAAGGUGGUGAGCACUUGUAAUCUCAACACUGGGGAAGCAGAGAAAGGUAGAGCAGACAGAGUUCCCGCAGGCCAAGGGGGACAAACGUGUACACACAUCUUUCCAUGACUUGCCUAGCACACUGCAAUAAUCUCAUCUGUGCACAGUAUUGACAGAGCCUUACCCGCACUAGGGCACAGCAGAGCACCUGCCCAGCUCUUCUCCAAGGCUCAAAUCAGCAGAGUAGGAGGAAAACAGACCUGGGAACCAACUCUGAACAGAAGAAGGAAAGGGAGGAGUAUCUGGUUCGACUGGUUAAGAAUUAAGGAGCCAUCAAGUUAAACAGUGGCCUCGGAAACUGAGAAGGAAGGAAAGAGCUAGAGAAUUCAGGAUUUUACACAGGGAGUCAAGAGUUGGAAAGGGUUCUUGCCAGGACUGAGUUACCAGCCAUGCUCAAUGGGCAUUUUCUGUUUAUAGUGGUAAGGGGAGGAGAAGCUCCCAUUACUAAAAGGUGACUAUAGGAGAACUUAGAGGCCAAGAAAGAUGGAAGGCUACUACAAGCCAACGCACUGGAGCUGCACCAUUCUCAAGCACUUGCGAGAGGCUUCUAGGCUGUCCUGCUCCCGUUGCAAUGCAUGGAGAUGGCAUCACAAAGCCGCAGAGCGAAGAAGCCGCUGCCAAGUCAGGAUUCCACCCAUUAUGUUAUCAGCAAUACACAAAAGCUCACAGUCUAAAGACAAGGAUGCAAGAUUUUCUAAGCUUCUAAAUAUAAAAUUAGCUGCUAGUCAAGAGAAAAUGCUUUGAGGACUCUUUAAUAAGAAUUUUUGAGAGGUGCCUACGUUUAGAUUUAGAGCACUCUUUCAGCACCUUAAACUCAAACUUGCAACAUCUACCAGUCAAGUUGAGUGAGGGUGGACCGGCACCAUCAGGGGCUCCCGGGCCUAUCUGGAAAUGGCUGUGUUCUGAAAACUUGCAUUUGGUGCUCUGGUCUUCCGUUUCCCACGCCACGCGUGCACACACACUACAUGGGGCAACAACGUCCAGCUACAAAGACGUGUUUUGAAGUGGAAUCUUCAUGGUGACCCUUUCAACCAUACGCAAAUGAAGCCUAUGGUAUUCGGUGGGCAUUAAGAAGACUGUCCUAUAGAACACAGAAACCUAAGCAGCCCAGAUCCUCUUCUUCAUUAAAGAUCACGUAGCUUAUAGAAAUAUCAGACUGAAUUUUCUUCACUGUGAUGCAAAGACUCGAAACACAUGUGUAGCAAAGUCUCACUUGAACACAGGACUAAUAUUCCUGCAGCAUACAUUCUAAGCCAUUUCCUCAUAUGCAAAACAGGUUUUUAAAAUCAGAAGACAGUGGCACUAGUCCUAUUUCCUGCAGACGCUAAUGGCAUUUAUCCCUGUGCAGCAGUUCGAUUUAAACUUGUCACUAUAGCAUGUUCCUAUAGUUAUUUGUGAAAGUCAUUUGUGUUUGGGCCUUUUCUUGUAGAAUAAAUAAAUGUUGAAUUUUGAGUAUUUCAAGUCUUAAAAGCACAAUAUUCUUCCAGUAAAAGUGCCUGCAGAACUCUGCUGUCAAGACCCAGGA